GCGAUGACUCUGAAUAAUGUCACCCUGCGCCGCGGCCACACGGGCAUGCAGCCCCAGCAGCAGCGCUGGAGUAUCCCAGCGGAUGGCAGGCAUCUGAUGAUCCAGAAGGAGCCCCACCAUCACCACCACCACCACUCUGCUGCCCCUGAGGACCACUGCCGCCGGAGCUGGUCCUCCGACUCCACCGACUCGGUCAUCUCCUCGGAGUCCGGGAACACCUACUACCGGGUGGUGCUGAUAGGCGAGCAGGGGGUGGGCAAGUCCACUCUGGCCAACAUCUUUGCGGGUGUGCACGACAGUAUGGACAGCGACUGCGAGGUGCUGGGAGAAGAUACCUAUGAGCGAACCCUGAUCGUUGAUGGAGAGAGUGCAACAAUUAUACUCCUGGACAUGUGGGAGAAUAAGGGAGAGAAUGAGUGGCUCCAAGACCACUGCAUGCAGGUUGGGGAUGCCUACCUGAUCGUGUACUCCAUCACAGACCGCGCCAGCUUCGAGAAGGCGUCAGAGCUGCGCAUCCAGCUCCGCAGGGCCCGGCAGGCAGAGGACAUCCCUAUCAUCCUGGUUGGCAACAAAAGUGACUUGGUGCGGUGCCGAGAAGUGUCUGUCUCAGAAGGGAGAGCGUGUGCUGUGGUGUUCGACUGCAAGUUCAUCGAGACCUCGGCCGCCGUCCAGCACAACGUGAAGGAGUUGUUUGAAGGCAUCGUGCGCCAGGUGCGCCUGCGGCGGGACAGCAAAGAGAAGAAUGAGCGGAGGCUGGCCUACCAGAAAAGGAGGGAGAGCAUCCCCAGGAAAGCCAGGCGCUUCUGGGGCAAGAUUGUGGCCAAAAACAACAAGAAUAUGGCCUUCAAGCUCAAGUCCAAGUCCUGCCAUGACCUCUCUGUGCUCUAGGUGCCCGGCUUCACGUCACUCUGAUGUCCUCCUGGAUGGACAUCGCCGAAGGCUGUUGGGACCGAUUCUCAAUCUAUAUUAGAUUGGAUACUCACGUAUGGUUAGAUGUGGCUCCCCCAUUGCAGUUGGGAAUGACGGUGUUACCCUCAUGGACAACACGAUGCAUGAGAAAUGAAAGAUCCUUGUAAAAAGUCCGUAUUUAUUCACAGGAAAAGCCUUGUCCUUGCUACUUGAGCACCAGAGACUCAUGAGAGGACCUGCCUGGAGUCCUCUCGCCUUUGGACAGUCGAGAGAGGAAGGCCACAAGAGAAGGUCUAGAUGAAAAUCUCCCCGUUAUGAGAAUCCCCCCCAGUGUUCUGAGAGGCAUUUUUGACAGGCGUUUUUGAGGCCCAUGGGUCACAAACAAAUACAGGAGACUUGUCAGGGGUUCAGUCAUAGGAGAGCUUUCUACUUAGAGUGUGUAUUCUCCGGGGAGCUUGACUGUAGAGCUGGGCUCAUCGUAUCAUGACUAUUAUCUCCAUAAAGCUGUGAACAGAAAUGAUGGACCUUGCUGGAAACUAAAGCUUAGCACGUAGUUUGUGCUCAGUGUCCCCCGUUGGGAAUCCAGAGACUUGUAGAACUGGGGACUGAGUUAUUGACAACAGAUGGGUUCAAAAAUUAUAGCUUUACUUAUGUGUCGUAUAGUUUUGGUUCUUUUUUUAAAUCCAGGAGAAGGUCAAUGUGGCCAAAUUCCAUUUAGUGGAAUCACCUUUUAUGUGUUUUUAUUUUUUAAAUCACCGAGCCAUCAAAAAUAUUUUUUUUAAUUGGAAUUAUUGAUAACCUGAAGUGCAAGAUGCCAAUUUUUAAAAAUCGUGUCAGCCGUCUGAAUUUUGAUAAAACACACAACAUGAACACUUUCAUAUUUUGGGUUGAUCCUUGUAUGCCACAGCUCUGCUCAAUCAUUAUUUUGCAAAAUAGCCACCAUUUUAAUAUUUGAUAAAGUAUAUUUAUGAACAUAUUUCUUGAUAGGGAAAAUUGCCCAUUUUAUUACCAUUUCUAUAUUUUUCAAAAUAUACAA